CGUGGAUAUGGCUGUGAGUAUGAGAUUAACGAGUCUUUUAGCGUUUCCCAGUCAUCCUUUAACGUCUUCCUUACGCCUGCUAGGAAGCAAAUCGAAUAGUACCGAGAUAACAUCCUCCGGGACGGUGAAAAUGGCGGCUAUUGUUGGGUCUGACCCUGAAACGAUGUCGUCUAGGUCCAGAGUAAUCGAUUCUCAUCUCCACAUCUGGGCUUCUCCUCAAGAGGCCGCGACUUAUCCUUAUUUUCCGGGCCAGGAACCUACUUUGACUGGUGAUGUCGAUUUCUUGCUCAAGAACAUGGAAGAGGCAAGAGUAGAUGGAGCUCUCAUUGUGCAGCCCAUCAAUCACAAGUUUGAUCAUUCUUUAGUAACAAGUGUUCUGAAGAAAUUCCCAUCGAAAUUUGUCGGCUGUUGCCUUGCAAAUCCUGCAGAAGAUGGCAGUGGGAUUAAGGAGCUUGAGAAUCUUGUUCUAGAGAGUAAUUAUCGUGCUGUUCGGUUCAAUCCUUAUUUGUGGCCGUCAGGUCAGAAGAUGACAAAUGCUGUUGGCAAAGCCAUGUUCUCUAAAGCAGGGGAUCUAGGUGUGCCUGUUGGCUUCAUGUGCAUGAAGGGUCUGCAUCUUCACCUUGCUGAAAUUGAGGAACUGUGCACGGAAUUUCCAAAGACAACUGUUUUACUAGAUCACGCUGGAUUCUGCAAAGUACCAGAAAAUGGUGAGGCAAAGCUUGCUUAUACUCAACUUAUGAAGCUCUCUAGAUUCCCACAGGUAUAUGUGAAAUUCAGUGCUCUAUUCAGGCUAUCAAGAACCGGUUUCCCGUAUCAGGAUCUAUCGCCUCUCCUAUCUAAAGUUGUGUCCAAUUUCGGAGCAAAUCGUGUCAUGUGGGGCAGUGACUUCCCAUUUGUUGUUCUCGAAUGUGGAUACAAAGAAGCCAAAGAAGCUGUGACCAUUAUUGCAAAACAAGCAUCCUUGUCGAGUUCUGAGAUGGACUGGAUUCUGGGAAAGACAGUGAUGCAGCUUUUCCCUGGACAAUGGGUUCUUCCUUGAGAGGCUUGUCAGAAGUAGUAGGUUGCAUGAGAAUGAGAGAAUCAAGCAAACAAUGGAGUCAUCUCAUUAAAGACACACUACUCUUACCUUUGUAUUACCAAGCUACACUAAAUGUUGACCAAUUUAGUAAAUCAACAAAAUUCUUCAGUG